CACGGCGUCAUGCGGCUCUUCUUUCCCGGCAGAGCGCGAACCACCCGCUGCCGCCCGGCCGGGCCGGGCCCCCUUCUGAGGCAGCCCCACCGCCGCCUCCCACAAUGCCCCGCGGGCCGCCCCCCGCGCCACUUCCGGGAUGGGACUUUCUCCCCGGCGGCCUCCCCGCUCUCUAUGGUCGCCAGGUGCGGUCGCCUCCGUGCUCUCUCCCUCCCCUCCCCGCCCUGCCCCGCCCCGCCCCGCCGGCGCUGCGCAUGCGCGGGAGGCGGCCGUGCCCUAGCAACCGGAGCGUGCGGGGUAGCAACGGCCAUGGCAAAAGCAACAACUAUCAAAGAAGCUCUAGCCAAGUGGGAAGAAAAAAAUGGCCAGAAGGCUUCAGAGGCAAAAGAGGUGAAACUGUAUGGCCAGAUUCCUCCUGUAGAGAGGAUGGAUGAAUCUCUCUCCACCCUUGUUAACUGCGAGAAAUUGUCGUUGUCUACAAACUGCAUUGAAAGAAUCGCCAACCUGAACAGCCUAAAAAAUUUGAGAAUUCUGUCUUUGGGAAGAAAUAACAUAAAGAACUUGAAUGGAUUGGAGGCAGUUGGAGACACGUUAGAGGAGUUGUGGAUUUCGUAUAACUUCAUUGAGAAACUGCGGGGUAUCCGUGUAAUGAAGAAGCUGAAGGUUCUUUAUAUGUCAAAUAAUUUGGUGAAAGACUGGGCAGAGUUUGCGAGACUGGCAGAGCUGCCAUUACUAGAGGAUCUGGUGUUUGUAGGCAAUCCACUACAAGAGAAAUACGCCUCUGACCAGAAGAACAAUUGGAUUGAAGAAGCAACCAAACGGGUGCCCAAGCUGAAAAAGCUGGAUGGUAUCCUAGUUAUUAAACAAGAAGAAGAUGAAGAAGGAGGAGGAAACUGAUGAGACUUUCAUUCUGGGUAUUUAAUUAUUUAAGUAUCUCCAGAUUGCUCAGCACAUAGAACUUUGAUAGAAACAUUUGUUUUGAAGAAGAUCUUUGGGCAAUUUUUAGAAGACCAGCUUGUCUCCACCGUCUCUCACCCAAAGAAUUAUUUACCAAAAUACAGGCACACCAAUUUUGUCAAGCUUAUGACAUCUUCUGCAGAGACCAGUGGAGCUGAGUUUAUCUGCUGUUUGGUUAGUAAGUAAUCUUUACCUAAAAUAAUACCUAGCUAUUCCUAAUCCCUGGUUAGUGGUGCUUGUUGUCCACUCUCGGGUUGUAAUACAACAAUUUUAGCUUGUUAGGUGCAGCUGGCCAAUGUUCGUUUGAAACACUGAGGCUAAACAAUGUUGUGUUUUAUAGAUACAUUACAGACUUUGUUAGGUUUAAUUUUCUCAUGGGAAUCCCUUAAUAUUUUAAGUAUGUGAAUUUGCCUUUUCAUCCCCUUAACUAUUAUGCCAAAUAGGCCCAGUAGUUGUGGACUGUACGCACAAAAAAGGUAUUGGGCUCAUGAUCUCUUGUUACUGGCCUUAAGUUUUGAACUGGGCUUCUUGGGAACUCUGAGCUUCGUAGCUUAGAAGGCCAUGUACAAUGUGUAUGUUUAUUUAUUUUAAAGAGGCAAUGGGAAUUCUUUGCAUGGUUGCAGUGAGACUAAAAUGCUAGCUUUUCAUUUCUCAUUAAGAAAUUAUUGUGAUUGGAAAAAUGUAGUUAUUAGUCUACAGCUGGUUCCUAGUUAGUUUUGUUUUGGCACGCUGAUGGACAUAAUCCUUCUCAGCUCUGGAAUUUUCCUGUAAUUUCGUAGGCUAGUACUAACUCAAGCAGUGAACAAAGACCUGGGCUUGGGAUUUAAAAUUCUGAUUUUGAGAUACUCAUUAGGUUUUUUUUAAAGCACAGAUGUAUGCAGUGAGUGGAUUGUGUAUGUAGUUACUGAAGAAGGUGAGUGGAGAUGAGGUGAGAUGAGAUGGGAAGCGGGCACUGGAAAAUAAGUUUUGAAGACAUACUAAAUGUGCUGUAUUGCAGGUUAACCAGUUUUUAUAAAGCCCCCUUAUAUGACAGGUAACUAUUUUUUAGUGAAAAGUGUUAAAACAAUGAAGACAUUCCUGAUUGCACUACUGGAUGCCAAAUGUUUUUUCUCCCUGUUUUUUUCUCCCUUUUUUCCUCUGUUUUCUUUAGAGACUAGAUCAAGUGAUCUAAAUAGAUAUUUUGGCAACUUUUAUUUUAUUUCAUUUUAUUUUAUUAUUUAUUUAUAUUUUUUAAGGUUUUCUUCUAAUUCUUGGCAUCAUCUUUGUUUAAAUUAGAAUGGCAAGAAGCAUGCGUCCCAGUUUUAGAACAGGUAUAUAAGGGAAGGAGGCAGAAUGCCACUUUUAUUAUUUUGUUUGUGAAGGUAUGGCAGGGGUUGAUAUCCUGGAAGUCAUGGUCAGAGAGAAAAUGGUGGAAUAGGCCUAGGUGACAGUGAUACUGAACUCAAGCUCCAGGUAUAAUUUUAGUAGAAGAUAGAAAUUGAUUAGCAGUAGAAUUAAGUAAAAAAUGUGAAAUAGAAGAUAACAAGGAAAUCAUCAUUUAGUUUCAAUAUAUUCUCUCUCAUUGGUCUUUGAGUGUUAGAAAAAUUUGUAAGCAUUCCAAGUUAAGUUGGCAAUUGCAGAUAAAAUUUGAGUGUGAUUUAGAGCCCUUUCUUAAUAAAAGGCCAGAAGAGCAAUGGUGAAUGCUGUUGGCAUUCCUCACCCAGCAUAAACCAUUUCCAGACAGCAGCUCUGGCAAGCAGAAGCUGGUUCUUAGUUAACUUGAUCACUGGAUUUAUUUUACAGGUUUUGUACCCACAUGUAAUGAUACGGAGUCAACAACCAUUUCACAUUGUCCUCUUUUAGAACUAAUCCAUGAAGUUCACUAGCAGCCACUUUUGGAAAAGUGGACGUGCUCUGAAAACACCUAUGUUAUAGCACACGCAGUCUCUGCUGACCGCAACUUUUGUGUUAGGGUGAUAGGGGAUUGGCACGUGCUCCUGACUACUGCAAUUAAAAUGUGUUUACCUUGAGUCAGAGCUGGAAUGGAAUAAAACCUGACUUCUGGCUAAUACUAACAAAAGGAGAAGUCAAAUUCAUAUAUGUGUGUGGAGAUAGUUCUAGGAUAGAAUCACAGAGCUUGGCUGAGAAGCAAUGCAUUCAAACCUCUGUAACUGUGUUCUCCUAGUACAGUUUCUAAUUAUGGUAUGUAUGGCUUAAUUAGCUACUGAAAUGAAAUGAGAGAGUAGGGAGAUAGAGAGAAUGUGCUCCAAUGCCAUGUAAUCCUAGUGGUUGAUUUUUUUAGUACCUAAAUGUGGUCUAAGUGCGUACGUUCAUGAAGGCAGUAUUAGAUAGAGCAAAGACUCAGGCUAUUUUGGGACAGUCUGAGAACAGAAGAGAAAGGUAAGUGUCCUGUGUGGUGACAACUGGAACAAAACACAGCUCCAUUGUCAAGACUUGAGGGGUGAAAGAAUGAUUCCUGGCUCUUGUAGGUGACAAGGAAGGGCUGGAGGUAAUCAGGCUGGCUCCCGUAAGUGACAAACAGAGGCUAUGCGUAUGGUGAUCAGUCCAACAGUAACUGGUGCAGUUGUUAGGUGGUGGAGCUGUGGGUAUCAUGUAGCCCACUGUCAUCAGCUCUUUUAAUGGAUUAACAGCACAAAUGCUCUAGCUCUUAUUUUGGGCUACAUUAUAAAUACUACACACACAUACACAAAUCAUUAUUGAAGGAACAAGGCAUCCAGAAUCAGCACCAUUGUAACAGCAGUAAGGUACGUUUACAAACUUUCCUAUACCAUUCACCCUUCAUGCUGCAGUAUCUUAGUGUAGAAAUUAAAGCCCUUUUGAAGUUUCAGCUUAAUGCUGCUUUAUCUGAUGAAUUGUGGUUACUGUCAAGAACAAAGCUAAACCCCAUUAACUUUUUCUCCUCCAAAAUAAGAAAGAAAAAGUUUUCAUAAGUUUUUAAAAUUUGCACUUUAAAAUUAUGCACUGGAUGUGGUGGAAGAUGUAUGCAGACGACAGAAUUAAAGCAGCAGAUCUGCAUACUAAUGGUGCUGAUGCACCGUGUCAUUUAUAAGCUAACAUGAUCAGACUGCAUGCCCCUGAGGCGUGGCUGAGUAGGAUGUUGAAGGACUUGUCUUUCUGUAUUAUUCUUUGCGCUUCCAUAUCUCACCACAUCCAUUAAAGUCCUAAGCACAUUAUUAGUCAUGGAUGAAAAGAGCACCCAUGUAAAACUUGCAAGCCAUGUGGAAUUCUGCUUUUCCCACUGAAAUUAUGGAGGAUUAGCAUCCACUUUAUUCCUUAGAAAAAUAUCUAAAAUUAAAUUAGAGAUAGGAAAUAAGUAUUUUACCUACUUGUUAGCACACUGAUCUCUCUUCAAAGAGCCGAUGUAUGCGGUGAUUAUGUUGCGAAUGGCUGGAAAGAGACCUGAGAACCAGCAAAUGACUCAGGUUACACUAGAAAGUAGACUCAUUUGGAAAAAUCUUCAAGCAAGAGAGCACUUUUAACAUCUACUUUUGAUUACCUUUUGUAUACAGUAAUUUUGUAGCAUGACCAAACUGUUAAAAUUGCCGUGUUUAAAUUAUUUAGGCCUAUGUUUAUAAAUGAUCUUCUGUGAAACUUGUAUAAAAAUAAUAGAAUGUUAUUUUAUACAAAAAACUUUGGCUGUUGUGUAAUGGAAUAGUUCAACUUCUGAAGAGCUUUCAGAAAUUAAAUGUUGUUCUCAUUAAAAACUUUCCUAGCUGCUCAGGGAGCAAUUUAGUUUGUAAGUGCUGUCCCUUAUUGCCUCUAUAUUUUAGAAUAGAAAAUAACUUAGACUUCAAAAGCAUUGAUAUAUUGUGAUUGUUGUCAUCUGAUACAUGAAUAUUUUUCGAUCUUUUAAGAAAGAUAUUGGUUGUCAGAUUUGUUCUUAGGUCCUAAGAAAAAAUGUUUACUUUUCUAUAGGGAAAAAAGGCCAUGUUAUGUUAAAUAAAGGGUAAGUCUUACUUCAACA